AUGCCGCAAGCAAGGCAGUUAACUCUCGGUAAGUUCCUUGCGAACCAGCACAACGGCAACAAACCUAAAACCCAGUCCACUCUGUCCUUCAAUCAGAAGACAACGUCCAACAGCAAGAAAGCGGAUGAUCCGCCAGAGGACGAGAAGGAUCCAUCCUCUGACUUGAGGAAAGAAAAUGUCGAGAAUGUCGAGAAUGGGAAAGAUGAAAGCGACAAUUCCCCAAGCAGAAAACACAGGCGACCUAGCGCAGAAGGCGAAGAAGACGAGGACGAUUCUGAUGAUCAGCCAGUAGUCAAGAGACGCAGGAGGACACCUCCAUCUAAGGAUAGCCCAAAAGAGACCCCAAAGACAAACGGCAUGGCCUCCAAACCAGAAUCAGACGCCAACGCUGGAGGGACAUCAUUGAAACCAACCGAGCCGGCGGAGAAGGAGCCAGAACCGUCAGGUCAGGACAGUAGUGCCUCAGAGGCUGAAGAUGACGUGUCUGCAAGCGAGGAUGAGGACUCCAAGGUCGAUAAAAAACAAGUGGCCAAAAUUCAAGCCACCAUCAAAUCUACUGGGAUAGAUCCCUAUCCAGAUUGGAAGGCCGGUGAACCUGUGCCAUACGCGGCGCUAUGCACAACCUUCUCCUUGAUCGAACUCACAACAAAGCGUCUCCAAAUCACAGCCUACUGUUCGGCGUUCCUGCAACAAGUUCUCCGGUUGACGCCACAGGAUCUGCUGCCUACAAUCCAACUCAUGCUGAACAAGCUCGCCGCUGACUACGCCGGCAUCGAACUUGGGAUUGGGGAAUCACUGAUCAUGAAAGCUAUCGGAGAGAGCUCCGGACGCUCGUUAUCCGUCAUCAAAGCGGAUCAUCAAAAAAUUGGUGACUUGGGUUUGGUUGCCGCGAAAAGCAAAUCUAAGCAGAGCCAGAUGUUCAAGCCAAAGCCGCUCACUGUCCGCGGCGUUCAUCAGGGCUUGCUUGAUAUCGCCAAGAUGGAAGGGCAAGGCUCGCAAGACCAGAAAGUUCGAGCUAUCAAUAAACUUAUGGCGUCCGCAGAUGUCUCGUCUGCAACCAAAACUGUCGACAUCACCAAGGACAAGGGAGGGCCAUCCGAGGCCAAGUUCUUGGUCCGUUUCCUCGAAGGAAAGCUACGACUAGGCCUCGCAGAGAAAACAGUGGUUAUCGCACUGGCACAGGCUGUGGUGACCCACGAGGCUGCGAAAGAGGGCAAGGCUCCAACAACGGACCAGCUGGCGCAGGGAGAGGCCGCCCUGAAGAUGGUCUACAGCCAGCUGCCUUCGUACGAAGUAAUAAUUCCGGCGAUGCUGGAACAUGGGAUUUUCAAUUUACAUGAGACGUGCAAAUUGCAGCCAGGAGUACCCCUGAAACCCAUGCUUGCGAAACCGACCAAGUCAAUCACCGAAGUGCUUGACCGCUUUGAGGGGAAGACCUUUACGUGUGAAUAUAAAUACGAUGGAGAGCGCUCGCAGAUCCACUACAUUUGCCCCGAAGCCAUGUCCGAAUUUCCAGCAGCACAGAAUACACUGACGAAGGAUCCCAAGGCGUUCAAAGGCCUGGCAGCCGUCUUCUCCAGAAACUCCGAAGAUCUGUCUAAAAAGUAUCCCGAUAUCCUCGAGAAAUUGAACACGUGGAUUAAGCCCUCGACGAAGAGUUUUGUGCUGGACUGCGAGACCGUCGCCUGGGACCCUCAAAACAAGAAAAUCCUACCCUUCCAACAACUAAUGACGCGCAAACGCAAAGAUGUCAAGACAUCUGAAGUCACCGUCAAAGUCUGCGUCUUUGCCUUCGAUAUGCUCUUUUAUAAUGGUGAAGCGCUUGUGCAGAAGACAUUCCGUGAAAGACGGGAAUUGCUGCACGAUGCCUUCGUGCCGGUAGAGGGCGAAUUUCAAUUCGCCCAGUAUGGCGACGCAAAGGACGUUGAAGAGAUUCAACAUCUACUUGAUGACGCGGUCAAAGCAUCAUGUGAAGGUUUGAUGGUGAAGAUGCUCGACACGGAAGAAUCGGCCUACGAACCAUCCAAACGCUCGAGGAACUGGCUCAAAGUCAAAAAGGACUAUCUCUCUGGCAUAGGCGAUUCCUUGGAUCUUGUGGUCCUGGGAGCGUAUCACGGCAAAGGUAAACGCACCUCCUGGUACGGCGCUUUCCUCCUUGCCGCAUACAACCCGGAGACACAAAAUUUUGAGACAGUCUGCAACAUCGGAACCGGCUUCUCCGAAUCCCUACUCGAAGAUCUCACCAAGGAGCUCUCGGAAAUAGUGAUUGAACGCCCCAAGCCCUUUUACUCUCACUCCACGGUGAAAAACGAUCAACCGGACGUCUGGUUCGAAGCGCGCCACGUCUGGGAAGUGAAAACGGCGGAUCUUACGCUGAGUCCAAGAUACAGGGCCGCAAUCGACGAGAUGGGCGGCAAGAACGGGAUAAGUCUGAGGUUCCCUCGUUUCAUUCAGCGGAGAGAUGACAAGAAACCGGAGGAGGCGACGACCAGUGGGGAAGUCGCGGAGAUGUACAGGAAGCAGGAGGUGAUGCAGAAGGAACAGUCGGGCAAAACUGGCGUGGAUGAUGACUUUGAGUAUUAG